AUGUUAUUGCAGAUUACUUAUCAAGACAAAAGUACUCAAACUGAUGAAAACCAAGAAUCGAAAGAUAUAUUUGCAAUCCUUACUACUCUAUCCUUACAGAUGGAUAGUAUGGGCAAAAGAUUACAACAGCUAGAAAGUGAGCAACAUGACUAUAAAAAUGCGGAGCUAAGUCGAUCAGAAGACUCGAAACUUCUAGAGAUAAAAGGAGAUGUUGGGAAACUCCAUAAAACCCAUGACAAAGUUUGUUUACCUACAGCUGCAGGCACAAGUAAACAGGUGAACAAGAAGCCACAUACCAAUGUGAAUUUAAACAAUAUAUUUGAUAAACCAUUUACAUCAAAAAGGCCAAAAGAACCAAUAGUUAUGACCCCACAAAUCACAACCUAUGCCAACGGCCUACAUCACAACAAAAAGAUAUACAACCAUAUUACUCAGACAUAUAUUGAGAAUAUAUACAAAAUUCAAACAUUUCUAAACCUAAAUUCCAGAGCAGCUACUACUACAGAUCCAACACAUGAUUAUAUAACUCAAAAACUCCAAGGAUAUAAUAGGCUAAUAGCCCAACCAAAAACAAAAGCCAAUCUAGUAAAGACAUGUUACAACUACGGGUUACUUAGCACUGUAUAUACCUACGACGGAGAAGAGAUAAGUGGAAUACCAGAAAUAUACAAAGCAUUCAUUACCUUCAUAAGAAUUACAAAAGGCAACCUAUUUUUCAUAAAAUUCUAUACAACACCCGCUGAGAUAUUAUACGAUGAAAUAAAACCUAUCAUACAGGUAGUAAAGAUAGGAUUAACACGAGAUAUGAUAAUACCGGAAGAAAUAGAGCAACAACCAGAAAUACCGAAAAUUGAGAUACCAAGUUUUUAUGCCAACAAAAGAAUAAUUGGCAUAGCAACUAUUAUUCAAGAGCUAGCCAACAAUUAUCUACAAGGAAAUGCUAUUUGGAGCUAUUAUUCAAGAGACCAGCUAAUGAUAUAUGCCAACUCAAAAGAACUACGACAAGGAGAUAUGGAUGAAGUCCAAAAAUGGAUUUUAUCAUUGCUAAAACCAGAAGUACAGCCAACUACAAGAGCUCUAAAGAAGGAAUUUAUUUCUAAUGAAUUAUUAACAAGAUACUGCAAACUAGUGGGACACAAAUAUCCAGACCACAUAUGUUCGAAAUGCAACGGAGAAGAUAACCAAGUACCGGAAGUCCAACUGGAAUAA